AUGCCGGUCGAAACAAUCAAGGUCGCCGUCCUCGGCGCUGCCGGUGAAAAUGCUGGUUUAAUCCUGCACGGACUACUCGCUUCCAAGGAGCCCAAGUUUGAGAUCACCGCCUUGGCGCGACCAUCGUCUGCGUCUAAGCCUUCUUACGUUAAGCUCGCCACGAAAGGCAUCAGAAUCGUCACAGUCGACCUCGACGGGCCAGAUAUUCAGAUUGUUGAAGCUCUAGAGGGGCAGGAUAUUGUCAUUGCCUCGGUGCCUCCUAAUGCGCUGGAUUCCCAGCUUCCUCUUAUUCGCGCUGCGAAGCUUGCCAAAAUCAAGCGUUUUGUUCCCAGCGCCUUCGCCAUGGCUAUUGCACCUUCCGGUAUUUGUGGCGUGCAAAUAGAGAAAGAACGAAUCUAUGCUGAGCUCAUGGCCUCUGGCAUUCCUUAUACCAUUAUCGAUGUUGGAUGGUGGUAUAAUGGCUUCAUCCCUCAAGUUCCAUCAGGAUGCACAGACUUUGCUAUUGCUCUGCCGGAUUUUAUCAGGAAUCUUGUACCUGGUGAUGGCAGCGUAAAGACCUAUGUGAUUGAUAAUGAGGAUAUCGGUGAUCUAGUCGCUCAGAUUAUUACUGACCCGAGAACUAUUAACAAGCGAGUGAUGGCCUCAGGCACCGCCCUCUCAUUCAAUGAUAUGUUUCACAUCGCUGAAGAGCUAAUAGGUGAAAAGCCUGAACCCAAAAAGCUCAUUGCCGUUUCCAAGCAGGUAUCAGCUGAAGGACUUAGAGGUAUGAUUGCUGGCCUGGAGGCAAAGCUCGCAGAAAGUCCAGGAGACUACUUACUCUUCGUCGGCAAAGCCUGGCUCGAAUACUACUACUCUUCUUUCAUCGACUGUGAUAACAGUCCAGACGGCAUUAAGCGCCUGGGAUAUGUCUCCUCCACGGAGCUGUACCCCGACUUUGUGCCAACCUCAUUUCGAACCUUUUUGCAGGAGACCUUGGAGAAGAAGAGGCGCCUUCCAUACUCAGACCGGGCAUAA